GACCAAAAACAAAAAUGAAACCCAACAGUCCAAGCCCAUAGCAAUCGUCUUCGUCGUCGUCGUUGAAGUCGUCGUCCUUCACUGACUGUUGACCAUAAAAAAAAAAGUCGUUUUCCUCUCUGCAACACCACCGAGUUCAAUCGAGAACGAUAGCACAGUGCAAGAAAUGGAGAUAGAAGAAGGUGAGAUCAUAGACCUAUUCGAGCUUCACUAUUCAGACUUAUCCUCUUCAACUUCAACCAAAGUCGAUUCCAUCAUGGAAGCCCUCGGAGCCACCGGUCCCGGCCUCCUCGCCAUUACCGGCGUCCCCAACCUCUGCCGCUCUUACCUCCUCCCACUCGCUCGCAAACUCGCUCUUCUCGACCACGAAACCCGUAAACGCAUCCUCAAGGAGCACAAUUUGGGUAGUGAUGUUCCUCUGAGAAACCCUGAUAGGAGUGUGUCCUCCUUCGCUGCGCAACUGAAGUAUUCCAAUUCACAUUGCGAUUCCGGUGCGAAAUUUGACUCAUUUGAGAAUCUUGGAAGCGCUUUCCGGGAGUUAGGGUUUUGCAUGAUGGAGCUGGGGCUUUGCCUUGCGCGUGUGUGUGAUAAGGCUAUUGGUGGAAAUGAUUUAGAGCAGAGCUUGUUAGAAUCUUGUGCUGCGAAGGGUCGUCUUAUUCAUUAUCAUUCGCAUUUAGAUGCAAUCCUCCUUAAUGAGAGGAGCAAGACAAGUAGCAAAAGAGGGGUGAAGAGUAUGAAACCAUUACUUGGGUCAGAAUGCAAGUCAAUUGCCAAUGAUGCUAAUUUGUGGCAGCAGUGGCAUUAUGAUUAUGGUAUAUUCACUGUUCUGACUGCUCCCUUGUUUCUAACGCCGUCUUGUUUAGAGACAAGUAGUGCGGAAGGUUCAUUGUGUUGGGAGCAAUGUCCGUCGCCAACUGGGCAUACAUGUUUGCAGAUAUACGAUCCGAAUAAGAAAAGGGUAUUUAGGGUUAGAGCCCCUCCUGAAAGUUUUAUCAUUCAAGUUGGGGAAUCUGCUGAUAUAAUCUCGAAAGGGAAGCUUAGAUCAACCCUGCACUCUGUUUAUAGACCUUCCAAGUUUGAGAAUUUGAGCAGAGAAACUUUUGUUGUGUUUCUGCAGCCUGCAUGGACUAAAACAUUCUCCGUAUCGGAUUAUCCUCGGUGUUUAGUUGCCUCUGAUGAUGGACAACAGUUUGAGAAGGACGAGAAUGAACUAAGUCACGAGAUUCAGAAAAUUGUUCCCCCACUUUCAUCGCGGUUGAGAGAUGGGAUGACUUUUGCUGAGUUCUCACGUGAAACAACAAAGCAGUAUUAUGGUGGUAGUGGUUUGCAAUCAAAUAGAUGACUAAUUUCUGUUUCUGGCUGGUCCAGUUUCAAUGUAUACUUUCAUCCAAAGUAAUAGAUUUUUAGAGGUUAACCUUUGUGAUUAUGUAUUUUGGUAACUUAGACUUUGUUUGGAUUGGGGGAAGGUGAUGGAGUAGAAUGGAGUGGAGGGGAUGGAGCACGAUGUCCCUUGUUUGGAUUAAUUAAAAAUGGAUGGAAAGGGAUGAAUCCUAGUGGCACACAUUCCAUCAGAUACCACUACUCUCCCCCACUUUUGUUCCUCCCAAAUUUGGGUGGAAUGGGAUGGAGCAAAAAACUGAUGUCUAAUAAAAUUAUUAAAAUACUCUUUUACCCCUUUGUAA